AUGCAAGACGAACGGCCCGGGCCCGCAAAGCCCACGCGCGGUGGCGCCUUCGUCGUGCGGCAACAUGACCGCAAGCCGCUCUUUGGCAACGCGACAAAACAAACAACAGCGCAACCCCUCGAAACUAGAAUACCCGCUCUCACACGGUCGAAAACAAGUCCUAGCACCCAGCCAAAGCCUGCUGGCCCAAGUAAUCCCCCCACAACGCCGGGCGGCUCCCGUAUACCGCGCUUUGGCAGCGGCGGCUUCGGCAGCAGAAAGCCCAUGUCGCUGUCCGACGCGUACAAGCUCGCGGCCGAGGAGGAGGACAGCGGCGCCCGACCAGGCCCAAUCGACGGCUCCCCUAGCCCGGCACCGCGAUCCUGGCGCACGCAAUCGGGCAACGACGGCAAGGCGCGCGGGGCUCUCAACGAGGAUCCCCUAGAUGGCAAAGGUGCCGUCUCGCCGAACAAGGAGCGCAUCGCGUUGCGCAAUCGCGUCGACGACGGCAUCGGAAAGUCGAGAACAAGUCGCUGGGUGCUGGAGGAGGGCAUGCGCGAUGCAGACGCUCCGCUGCCACCCACUGAAAAUGUUGCCCCGGGGUUCAAGGCAUCGCCGGAGAAGAGCUACGCCUGGCAGGUAGACGAGGACUUUACCGCGGGUGACUUGCAAGUCUCGGAUAGCCCACGCAUACGAGUCAACAAGCCGCCAACUACAAAAUCACAAUUCGAAUCGCCGCGCAAAGGCAGCACGCCCAACACCAAGCUCGACGAGAUACGGGCCCGCGAGCUGGGGCUGACGCCCAAUGUGGCCAGUGCGAGGAAACUUACAAAACCCAAUGAUAAUCCAUCAUGGGAAAAGGAGCCUGAAAAGCAAGCUCCAUUGCUAGAGCGUGGGUUCUCGCGCACAAGAGGUGGGCUCACUAAGCUAGACAACAUCAAACAGCUAGAGACGCAAGGGCUGUCGAAGAGGGCGAUGGCACAAGUCAAACUUGAAGAGAUCAAAGAAUACAACGCCAUGACGAGAUCUGUUUCACCUGAUGCCCCACACAGACAAUGGAUAGGCCGUGAAGCGGCAGGCAUCCCACGCUCCAAGUCGGCAUUCGAGCCUGCAGGAAGGCAAGUCCCCGACACACCAGUCACUAUUUACAAAUCAGAAGCGGAAAGAGUUGCCGACGACGUGCGUCGGGCAGCCGCAAAGAAAGCCGAGGAAAAGCGCAAAGAAGCAGAACAAAGAAGUAUGGCAACCAUACCUCAAAACCGCGCUGCAAACAGGCUCUCGCCAGACAAGCGUGACAAGUCACGCGACUUGUUGCGCAAACUGGCCCGGGCUACUGGCGCCAGUCCUGCAGCUCCCGACCGACGACCUGACGACAAUCCAGGCGCGAAUGCUUCUGCCCCUCCUAUGAAGCCCGAGGCGCCCCGCGCCAGCUCUCUCAAACGGUCGGCCCUUGCCGACAGCAGUCGCCGACGGACAUCCAUCACGUCAUCCAACGCCGCCAAAAGCGUCUCUUCCAUGGACCGGCCGACAGUCGGCUUUGCUGGGCUCGCGCGCUCCCGGUCCAGCGACUCGCGCAAGAGCAAACGCUCUAGCGUGCACUCGGAGCAGGACCCGACGGAUAGGAUCGAGGCUGAGGAGCAGCUGUUUGCGCCGCUCGACAACUACUCAGAGCCCGGAUCGGUGCGCGCGCCCUCGCCGAGGAUCGAAGACGAUGCGACGCCCAAGCCGGUCACCAAGCAUCAAGUAUUGUCGAUGCCUACGCCUCGCGCGCCAGGCGCGUUUGUGGACACGCCUAUCACGAUCAAGAAAGAGGAUCGGGAGGAGCUACGACCCAGCAGCAGACGCAGAGUGAGCUUGGAGGAGUCGCCAGACAUCAAAACAGACAAUGCACCUCGCAACAGCAAGAGGGACCUGGCGUGGCGUAGCAAAGACGUCGACACGGCGUCGGACCCCGGUGCCGCCGAAGAAAAGCCCACCCGGCCGGCGCGUUCGCGGAGCCUGCCUAGAAGGCGGCCCCUCACCAACUCGGCCAAGCUACCCUCAGUGCGCGAUGACAUGCACGAGCUGCAGCAGCUAAACAAUAUCGACGACGGGACCCUGGAUCAAUUGGAAGAUAUUCUACAGGGGAAAAAGACGACAAGCGAGAAGCUGGAUGAGCUACUCAAGGAACUGCCGGCAGUGGCGGAUGCGGUGGGCAAGAUUAAAAGCGAACCGGAAAGCAGCAGCGUGGACGAGAAUCGCCUGGAUGACGAGCUGUCACACUAUGAAGCGCUGAGCGCGUCUGUUGAGCGCGAUCUCGGGGUGCACGACAUCGGGAAGACGAAACCGGGUGUGCCGUCGAGAACACAAAAAUCCCAACAAGGCGACGCGCCUACAAAGAAAGAGCAUCAGCUCGACGACAACCAGAUUCAAGUCGAGAAGCAGCGCAAAAACGACGAGCAGCUCGACGAUACGCAGCCGAAAGUUGAGAAGCAGCUCACAGUCGAUGAGCAGCUCAACAGAAAGCGUACCGAAACCGAAAAGUUGCCGAAACACGAAAAGCACACCGAAACCGAGACGCACGCCAUGGACGAAAAUCAUGGCAAAGACUGUCCGCUGUGCGCAGCCCAACCCGCCACCCGCGCCAUUGCGUAUCUACACUUUCCCCUUCCACGCCUCUUCAACCUCAUGCCCCGUCCUCGCCUUACCCUCCUCGGACUCUUUCUCUGUCUCUCGGCGCUCUGGUUCGCCGCCGAGACGGCCAUGUGCGAAAUCUACUGCCGCCCGGCCACGUGCUCCGCUCUGGAACCGUGUGUGUGGUCCUUUGACGACCCUGCUGGGUUCGGCACCGCGCUCCCCGUCAAGCUUGAUCAGUGGACGACGGGCGGUUGGGGCGCCGCGGCGUGGACUGUUUUGCGAGACGACGUCGCAGACGUGCUGGACAUGAUGCGUGGUGUCGACGCGGCCGACGUGGAGCGGAUGACGCCGGCGCAGAGGAGACGAUAUAGGAGACGCGUGGCGAGGAAGAUGGAUAGCAAGACUGGCUGGGGGCAGGAGCAACGGGAAAAGGCGGAUGCGUGGCGGAGAGAAAGGAUGGGGAUGGAGAGGGGCAUUUUAGAUGAGGGAAGUGUGGGAGGGGAUGAGCGCGUGUGGUAG